UGCUUUUGCAUAUUACAUGUCUGUUCUGCAUUCUUUUGCUUUCCAGGUUUGGUUGAAAUUGCUCUCUGUUGUAAGAACAAUUUGUCAAGGGCACGUUACUUAGGUCCCAGAUAAGCUGAGAAAAAUGUGUUUUGCUAUUGAAAAAGCAUCUACUUUUCCCUGAAAUUCUCCAAAAGUGAUUAGAAUCUCUUAACUAAAACAAAUAUCACCUCCUCCAAAUUUGCUCAACAAAGUGAAUACACUUUCAGUUAGCCUAAUACAGAUAGGAUAACAAAAGAAACAAGACAAAAUGCUUGAGCUUUGUGAGGUGCUUAACAUGCCUCAUUCCUAGCAAAUGAACAGCUUUAUGGGAACUGCAAUCUUCAAGACAGCUAUGCCACUUUGACUAUAUUCACUACCUACUUGACCUUUUUAAGUUCCCACCACCUGCAUCAAUCUCCAUAUCCCUCCUCUUCUCUGUGUAGUUUUUGAAGUUGAAACAGAAGAAAAUGGUGAAAGUUUCAAAUGAGCUUCUGGGUUAUCUUGCCCUUCUUGUGUUUGUCUUCUCUAUGGCCAAUGGACAGCCUCUUGUUCCAGCGCUAUGCAUAUUUGGGGAUUCUGUUGUUGAUGUGGGGAACAACAACAACCUCACUACCUUAAUUAAGGCCAAUUUCCCUCCUUACGGAAGAGACUUUGUCACACACAGACCAACUGGAAGAUUCUGCAAUGGAAAACUGGCCACAGACUUCACUGCUGAAUAUCUUGGGUUCAACUCAUACCCCCCAGCUUACCUUAGCCCGGAAGCAAAAGGGAGAAACCUCUUGACUGGAGCUAACUUUGCUUCAGCUGGUUCUGGUCUCUAUGACAGCACUGCCCAGUUAUAUAGCUCCAUCACAUUGACACAACAGUUGAAUAACUACAAGGAGUAUCAGAAGAAAGUUGAGAAUAUGGUGGGAAGAGACAGAGCCAAUAACAUAUUCUCUGGAGGAAUCCAUCUUUUGAGUGCAGGAAGCAGUGAUUUUAUCCAGAAUUACUACAUCAAUCCCAUACUCAACAGAAUUUACUCACCGGAUCGGUUCUCUGACCUUCUCAUGUCAUCCUACUCUAAUUUCAUCCAGAAUCUGUAUAAUCUUGGGGUGAGAAGGAUUGGAGUGACAACCUUACCACCAACUGGAUGCUUGCCUGCAGCCAUCACUUUAUUUGGGGGAGGAAGUAACAACUGUGUCGAAAGGUUGAACCGCGACGCUAUUUCUUUCAACAACAAACUGAAUAGCACAUCUCAAAGCCUGUUGAGUAGACUUCCUGGUCUCAAACUUGUGGUCUUUGAUAUCUACCAACCUCUGUUGGAUAUGAUCACAAGACCAACUGACAAUGGUUUUUUCGAGUCAAGAAGGGCUUGCUGUGGAACGGGGACAAUAGAAACCGCGGUGCUAUGUAAUGCAAGGUCUCCGGGGACAUGCUCCAAUGCCACAGCUUAUGUGUUCUGGGAUGGAUUCCAUCCCUCUGAAGCUGCUAAUGAAGUCUUGGCUGGCGAUCUACUCGAACAGGGAAUCACCCUCAUCUCCUGAACUUAUCAUGUACGCAUGUUACAGCAACUUAAUUUGCUUAAUAAGAUAGUUACUGUUUGCAUAAUGAAUACUUCUGUAAAAAUCUGAUAACAAUCGAAAUAAUUGUUGAAAAA